UUGUUUGAGGAAGUCAACGUUUUCCUCUAUCCUCCUUUUAGGCUGGGUCAUGGCUUAGGCUGAGGUUCGAAAAUUGGCACUUGAAUUUUCACUGUAGUUUAAAUUUCCUCCCCUAGACUGCUGGCAUGCCACAGGAAUACAGUUAUUGCCCUACAGAAAUUGCAGUUUUCCUGGUCUGGCAUCCUGUUGCUGGCAGUGAUCUACAGCAGAUGCUCCAGCAGCAGACAAUAGCGUUAGGAGCCGAAUGGCAGCAGAAUUCUGCACAGGAUUGUCUUCGUGCCUGGUGAGACACUGGAAGGGGACCAAGAGCCAUAUAUUGCCUGCCUUUGUGCAGCAGCAGGGAGAUCCCCGUGCUCCAGGUGCGUAGAAAAGAUGUGCAGGUGCAGACAGCUGAGCUCUGUGCUCUGCGCCUUGCUGGAUGCGGACACACUGAUGUAACUGUGUGUGCGUGGGAUGAUCGCAUCGCUCUGUGAGCACCAGGGUUUUGAGAGGGCCGCUGAUAUUUUAAUGCUAUCCCUUGGUUUGUGUGGGCUUUAUUCUGCACGGUGCUUUGGCAGACAAGACUGAAGAUACCACAGGACCACGGGCUCUGGAGUGGUGAUAUCUGUGGGUUCAGGUUUGCUUGUUCCAUGCACAGCAGGCUUUAAGCUCUCCGGUUCACUGGGCUCGGCACCCCGACUUCUCAUGACCCGUGCUCAGAGCUCACCGCACUGAAGUGAGCAGCCAUGUGUUUUUUUGGAAGCCGUCCUGCUCUGUCUCAAUAGCUGUUUGUCAUGUUCCCUUAAUGCCACAGCUGUUUGGCUACGCCAGGUCAUCUGCUUUUAUUAGUCCCGUUCCCGCCACCCCCUGAAACUCACACCGGCUGCCCGAAGAUCCCGAUCUGUGUCCCAGAAUAGCACUUCUCUCCUUUCUCUUCCCUUCCCUUCCCUCAGUGACUGGGAAGCUCCAGUGUUUUCCCCUUUUUCCCCAAAUUCUGCCUGGCCAUGAAGGCUGGUGUCGCCUCGCUGACCGCAGGCAUCCUAGGCAGCACUGCCGUGCUGCUCUUCCUGCUCGCCUUCGGGACAGACUACUGGCUGCUGGCUGCAGACAUGUGUGGGGUCAUCAAGGACAGGAACAGCACGCACCAGCCUGGAGAGGCAGACACACUGGCAGAGGCAGGGACGCAGAUCCUCACCUUCCAUCAUGAGGGCUUCUUCUGGCGGUGCUGGUUCUUCAGCGAGAGCCAGUCUGAGACCAUCUGGACCUUCUGGUACACCAGUCAAGCGCACCCCAAGCACUGCAUGCAUGGCUACCUGUUCCCCAUGCCCAUCGUCCUGGGGCCUUUCCCACAUCCCUCCUAUGACACAACUGCAGUGUACAGAGGCUUCUGGACGGCAUUCAUCAUACUGGCUGUGGCUGCUGGCCUGGUGGGAGGACUGCUGCUGGUGUGUGGUGUGCCCUUUGUCAGCGCCAGGUCCUACAAAGUGGGCGGCGGGUUCCUGAUAGCCUCAGGAAGUUUAUUUCUCCUGCUCAUUUUCCUCUUUGUGCUGUGGAAGGAGUUUGUGGCUGAUUUCCAAAAGUACAUCCUCCUGGAGAGGAGUGAGGUGUGCCUGCAGGAGGCUCCUGUACACGUCUUCUAUGGCUGGUCCUUCUUCCUUGCUGCUGCUGGCGUGCCCCUGUCACUGCUCUCUGGGCUCCUCUUCUUCCUGAUUGGCAGAGAGAUGGCAGAGUCCCUUGAGUAAGAAAAGGUGCUGAGAAACUCUUGGAGAAAAUUGUUGAUGCUCCUUGUAAUGAAGCGUACACAAGUUUUGAAGAUUAUGUCCGUUUUGUAGCUAUAACCAUUGGCGUAGGUGCGUGAUUGAAGUCAGUGUUAUAUGGAGGCAGGGGUGGAGCACUGAGCAUGCAAACACUCUCAGUCCUGUAGGCAUCUCUCUGGACUGUGCAGCAGUUUGAGGUGGGAGGACCAGCCUUCACUGCAGCUGGCAUCCACCAUGGCUCACUGCUGCCAGCACGGCCCCAUCUGUGUUCAGCAGCACUGGAGGUUCCCAGCAUCCUCAUUUCCUCUAAGAGGUAAUGGAAUGCGGCUGUGGGGGUGUAUGCUCUGAUAUCUUUUUCUGAGAAGCAAUUAAGGAUGAUUUUUUUUUUUUUUUAUCUAGCUCUAAUUGACGUCAAAGUACAACCAUUUUAAUGGAAUGUCGGGAAACAUAAGAGUUUUUUUCAUUAAAAGGUCUGAUUCUGAAGGUACAAAUGUACCUGUGUCUAACCUAACUCGUAAUAAUGACUAAACCGAUUUCUAUGGUAUGCAACAUGAGAUGUAUCAAUUAAUAUUUCUUUAAAGCACCGUGCUACAAUGCAUUUAAGAUUUUCCCUGAACAGAGAAUUGUUUUUUUGCAAUCCAAAACUGAAAAUUGGAGCUGGGGGGGGAAGAAAAUGGGAACAAUGAUGCUAUGAUUAUUUUGUUUGUUUGUUUUUAUGGUAAAGCCUGUCAGACAGCACAGCAUGGGACCCUGUUGUAUUCCACACAGUAGAAGAGCCAGCUCUGAAAAGACUCAUUAUAUACAAUUUAUAUAUUUUUUAAUUCUUGCAAUUGCUCAAGUGUACAUUGUCUGACAGGUUAAAGUGGUCCCACUAAGAGUAAUGCAUGCUAAUGCUAUACAAAACGAUCUACAUUCAGGAGGUGAUGUCAUUUAUCCUGUGUAUGUGAAGGUUUGUAGACACUUGAGAAAUGACAAAGAGUUGAUCUUGUGUUUUUCAGUCAAGAUCUUGCUACUUUGAAGUAGUUUGUUGGGCCUUUGCUUGCUGAAUUCAUCUGCAUAAAUUUUAAAUUAAACUUACUAAAAAUACAUGCUUUUCUCAUGGAUGUCAAAGUUUAUGGUAAACAUAUAUUUCCAGUGCUUUAUGUCAUACUACUGACUCAGUAUAUUUAAUUAAUAAUGUAAUGUAAACUUCUUCUAGAAAGCAGCGACGACUGUUGGCAGUAUAAAAAUGUUUGUUAAUGCUCUUCCUAAAAUAUUAUUCAAGUCUGGCAUUUCUUUACUUUUGGAGCAGGUUCUAAUUACUCUUUUACAAGAUUCACAGCAUACAUAGAGUGAGAAAUUGUAAUUCCCACAUGUAAAGAUUAGUUCUUUCGUAUGAAUAACGCACUUGUUCUAUGGUUCUUAAGUAACAUUCACACUGAUUUCCAUUAAUGGGAAUUUUGUUUGACUAGAAUUGUUAUAUACAGGUGAAAAUCAUGCAUUUUUCCCCAGUAAGUAAAUAUUUCAUGGCAUUUCAAACACGCUGAUAUUUCAGUGUUUUAGCUGGUAUUUUUAAACUGUUUUGUUUUUAAUUGUUUGUUUUAAUUUCCCUUUCUUUGGGUUGUGCCUGUGCCCCAUCAGUUCCUUGAGUGAUAAUUUCUCACUAUAAAUUCUCUUUGAAUAAUUUUUGUCAUGUAAUUAUCUAUUCAGUGUAGAGAUGAACACUUACGGUCACAAAGAAUAAAAGUAUAUAAUCCAGGA